AUGCAUCCGAAACCUUUCGAAGAGGUGGGGAGCGCGAAAUUCAUUGAUUCUUGUUCUUGGAUGGGAAAGAAACACGAUUGCAGAAGAAUAUUUCAUCCAAUUGUAACCGACGAAGGAUUAUGUUAUACAUUUAAUAUGUUAGAACAGAAGGAUGUGCUCAAUAACCAUUCAUAUAUUCACGAAUACAGUUACAAACCUGAUACUAUAACUUUCACCAAUGCAUGGACAGUAGAUUCCGGUUAUUCCCCGAAAGCAGGUAUUUACACUUAUCCAAGGCGCGCGUUGUUACCUGGUUCAACUAACUCACUUACAGUGAACAUGUUCAUUAACGAAAGCGAUGUCGAUUACGCAUGUACAGAUUUCCAAGGAUUUCAGAUAGUUUUACAUCAAGCUGUUCAAUAUCCAUUGGUCAAGAAUCAUUAUUUUCGAGUUCCUAUGAGGAAAGCUGUUAUUGUGGCAAUUACACCGACGCAAAUGUUAAAUUCCGAUGAUGUACAAGACUAUAGUCCGAAGAAGAGAGAAUGUUAUCUACAAGGAGAAAAAAAGUUGAACUUUUUUAAAAAUUAUACGCAGAAAAAUUGCCAAUUUGAAUGUAUUACCAACAAAACUCGAGCUGUUUGUGGGUGUGUUGCAUUUUACAUGCCAAGAGAAGCCAAUACACCGAUUUGCGGGAAUGGAAAUUCCAUGUGUAUGAAACAAGUGAAAAAUAAUCUAGAUUGGAAUAACCUCCAGCAUUCGAUAGACAACAACAGAGGUUUGUACGACGAAUGCGAAUGUCUACCAAUGUGCAGUAUGCUGGACUACGAAACCGAAAUCACUGAAAUAGAUUAUGAUAAAUUCAAGGAAUACGAAGCUUUAGGAAUGAAGAAAAAUCAGAGACAAAAUCAGUAA